CAACCAACGACGAGCAAAUCUGUCCUACAAACCAGUGAAAUCAUAUAAUCCUUCAUAGCAACUACUGCAUCUUUACGCCGACACAUCUGCAUAUCUGUGUACCUACUCUAGGAUUAUUUACCAUGUCUCAUUACGAUACAUCAGUGCCAAAAGUGAUAGCAGAGAAUCCCAAACUGCUGAAGUACCGUCGACGGAUAUUAAACCCACGACGAUUGGAACCGACACAGGGAGUGAGAACUAUAAAAGUGGCAGGGAAAUUGGGAAUGGUUGGUGCGGUCUUCUAUAUGGUACUCAUGGCGGACUGGGGAGAGGGGGAGCACUGUUUCAGUGGGGUGCGACGAUUUUAUGAUGAGAAGAAGCGAGAGUUUUUCACACUAUCAGAGGAGGAUGAGCGAGAAUUGCGAUCAAAAGGCAAGAUCGUACCACCUGCAAUAAAUCCUGCAGAUCAAACCCCGUCGUCACCGAAAGGCAUUGGACCUUUUAUUAGAAGUGGAACUAGUGGGUAAAUCGAUCCCGAAUGGUUGCAGAUAUGUACUAUCGUAUAUUUUAACCGGAUAUCAGGAAACAACAAGUAUGAGUUUGUUAUUUAUGCUAGAACAGUUGCUUAAAUAAAUAUAAUAUAUGUUUUUUGACCAAGAUGUGGUCCGAUGUAGAUAUGAACAGAUUGUUUAAUGUACUAUUACAAG